ACCGUUGAGAGAGCAGUUUGACUCUCUUUGAUUUCCCUUCUAGAAGACUUCGUCGUUCCCACUUUCCAUUUCUUCUUCAUCCCUGAUUUUCGAUCAGAUCAUCCUCGCUGAUCUGCUAUCCUUUCUUACUUAAAAAACUCGGAUUCUUUUCUUACUUCUUUCCUUUUUCCCUUUGCUGAUUAUGACUUUCGCCCUCUGUUCCGACGACUUCGCCGGUCCAUUUCAUCUAUUUAUUAUGUAUUCCUCCUCUGUAUCGAGUUCACCGCACACCUUCUCCAAAUCUUUCAACCCCAUACCUUCCCUGCCUCACCAAAAAUGUGUUUCUCCUCUAAAGACUCGUUUGUCAUGAUCGCAGACCUUUUUGCCGCCAACAGAAGAUUGUUUCAUUCACCGGUAUGAUUCAUCCCCAACCUGUUGGCGAGAAUCGUCAUCUCCAGAGCUUUGCUGAGAAGCGCCCAUCCUUCCGAUGUGAACACUUGAUCAUUAUGCUUUCGCAUUCAUCGAUUCUAAGAAUCCAAUCUCGCUCAUCGACAACUUGGGUUGGCUCCCAAUGGGGGACUCUCCUCCUCGUAGCUACUUCCCAGCUGCAUUUCGAGCCUUCUACUCCAAUCUACAGGCAAACGAGUUCUCAACGGGGAAGCUCACCACCCUAGUCUUUGAUAAUCUGCUUACCUUUUCUGUUGAUGAUCUUACUGCGGUUCUCAUUCUGCCAACUCUCGGCAAGCAACUCAUAUGCCCUCUGGAGUUUUUGUCCUACAAAUUUAAUUUGCGUCAGAAAGCCACAAAUCAAUCCUUUGCUGCGUUGGAUGACUUACGUAGGCUCCUUCAAUACUACAUCACACACGUGUAUUUUCCGUGCACAGAGAUCGUGGUUGUGGUUCUUCCUCAUGAUUGUUGGAUUAUGUCCCACGCAGUCUCGAAUAUGUCAUUGAGUUAUGCCCACAUGUUAUUUGGUGCCAUUGUUGAGGCUGCUGCCAAUGAAUCUCCCACGGCGGGUCUGUCUUUUGCCAGGCUGAUUACACUGUUGCUUUAGCGUGUGGGCGUUUCUUUGACUGACCUUGUCGUUAUCACCAAUGAUUGUGUUCAUCCCACCAUCGAAGAAGUAAUUUCUUAAGUGGGAAUACCCAUCUUCAUUGAUCUAACAUCAGGGUGAGAUGAUUAUGUGGAAACGGACGCAGGUACUGGAGAGGGAAGUAAUGAAAUUGCCAAAGACGAGGCAUCCGCGGAUUGUGAUGCAUCUGCUUUGGCCUCUCCUCAUCUCUUUAAGAUCAAGCGACAGGCCAAAGGACCUCGUCCCUCUAACAAGGUUCUUAAGCAUCUCAAAAAUUAGAAAACGUCCCAGGAAGUGGUUCUUUAUGAGAAUCAUGAUCUUGAGCAGAACAAUUGAAAGCCAUAACUUAGGGGGAGCAAGUGUUUAAGUUUUCAUUUUGGUUCAGGGGAUUAUCGAGCUAUACCUCUUAUUAAGUUGCUACUUUUAAGGUUUCAUUUGGGCCAGGGGGAGUAUCGAAUUAUGUCUCCUAUUUGAGUUGCUGCUUUGUGUUUUGAAUGCAUUCAAUCAUGCCCUGAUCUAUACUCAAGAUGAAUGAUGUAAUUUGCUUUAUUUUUAGUGACUUGGAUGUUAUGUGACGUGCAGUGAAUGAAUGAUAAUGAGUUUUCUUUUAUAAUCUCGAGCUUUAUGGUGAAUGAAGCAUAUGCACUAAAAGGAUGCUAAAUUAAGCUUAGGCGAAGAUUGUUGAGUCAAAAAGUUUGACUUAGCAAAUCUAAUAUCAUAGGAUAAUUCGCUUUGGAUAUAUGCUAUUAUGUUGAACUAACAAUUCAUGCAGAAAUAUCACAAUCAAGGCUAAGGUGAAAGGAUUUGCUAGGAAAAGGAAAUAAAUUAAAGUGAUUGCUUGCCCUCAAAGGAGUUACCGUAUCAAGGGAAGAGUGUAUCAAAUCAAGGAGAUACUUGCCACAUAAAGGACUACAAAUGAAUGGAAAUGAAUUCU